AUGCCAGUGGCUAUCCUCACCAUGUCUCUGUCUAUGUCGCGGUUGGCUGUUCUAGCCUCUACUGCGCUUCUGGUACAGACACAGGAUCUUGACAUGAGGGUCCAUGGCACCGUGGUCUUCACUCGUGCCGGCGAGCGCUUGCCGAGUCUUCUUGGCUCCGGUGUGAGAGAGCUCACCUCUCUUGGUGCUCAGCAACUUCAUAUUGCUGGCGACUUCUUUCGAAAUCGCUACCUAACGACAACCGGCGGAGACGGCAAUGACACAAUCGCCGUCAAUCAUAUAGUCGACAUUGAUUACGACAUAGUCAAUGACGAGCAGGUUCUAGUCAUGGCACCAGAAGGGCAGCACACAUAUGCUUCGGCUCAGGCUUUCAUGCAGGGACUCUUUCCUCCGUACGAACCUACCUUUGCUGUGAACUCCUCGACUAAUGCCACCUUUGCUGCUCUUCCUGGUGGUACGGAAUCAGUAUUGGCGAACGGUUCAUACCUUAAUUACCCCUUGAAUGGGUAUCAAUACGCACAGAUCCGGACGUACUCAUCCAUGGAGCCUCAUUCGAUAUAUCUGGCUGGAGCUCUUGGUUGCGACAAUCACGCCUUGUCUAUGUUCAAUUAUUUUAAUAGCACUGAGUUCAAGGACAUUCAACAGCGGACUAGGGGUCUAUUCUCAAGUAUUGCUGGGGCGGCCAUGGGAGAGGACGUUUUGACGUCUGUCCAAAGGGACUAUGGUAACGCAUGGAACAUCUACGAGUACUUAAAUUAUCGCUAUAAUCACGACAAUGGUACCCAGGCUCUCUUCUCUGCCGAAGACACAUCCUUCACUGGUGAUUAUGAGCGCAUUCGUGCGCUUGCAUCGCAGCAGCAGUGGGCAUUUUAUGGUGACUCAGAUGUCGACAAUGGCAUUCGUGCGAUACCUGGUCGUACCCUUGCAGCACAAGUCUUGGGUCUUUUGCAGCAGAAUAUCGAAACACGUGGUGUUAACUAUAAACUUAAUCUACUGUUCGGCGACCAUGAGCCUUUCAUUGGCUUCUCCUCGCUAGCUGCAAUCGCCGAACGAAACUCUCAAUUCUAUGGCUUGCCCGAGUACGGUAGCAGUAUGGUAUUCGAGCUAUAUUCCAUGGGCACUGCUAAUGACACUGGAUUCCCCGCGCGCGAGGAUCUAUGGGUGGCAUUUUACUUCCGCAACGGCACGAGCAACGAGGGCUACGACCUACGCAGUUACCCAAUCUUCCACCGUGGCCCCAGUACGGCAGAGAUAAGCUGGGUGGACUUCGAAAGCUACAUGAGCGGUAUAAUGACAAGUAAGCCUGGUGAUUGGUGCACAGCGUGUGGGAGUAGCAGUGCCGUCUUCUGCCCCUUUUACGAUUACCACACCACAACACAACCUCCGAAACCGUCUUCGGCACUUUCUCCAGCCGUUGCAGGCGUCAUCGGAGCCAUCGUAACACUUGUUGUUCUCGCUUUGAUUGCUGUGGCAGCAUUCGCGUUCGGUGGUAUCCGCAUGCAGCGCAACUCACGCCGCCACAGUAAUGCUGGCGGAUAUAAAGGAUCAGCAAAGAUGGCGAGCGAUGCUGAUCUGAUCAUGCCUCAGCCAGCCGUCAUCGCAGGUGCGACGAACGGCGGACGAGAGCACACACGCAUGGGUAGCUGGGAGCUAAGGCAAAAGGAGAUGCGAGGGACACAUGAACCUGAGCGGACAGACGAAGAUGAAGACGACUUGGCUGUAAGUCCGUACGGCAAGCCAGUCCAGCCUCAGUCCAGCUUUUAG